CUGGCUGGGGGUCGGCCCGGCCGGACUCCGUCUGCAGCGGCUCCAGGAACGGCAGCCAAGGGAGGGCGGUGCCAUGGGCUUCUCCUCGGAGCUGUGCAGCCCCCAGGGCCACGGGGCCUUGCAGCAGAUGCAGGAGGCUGAGCUGCGGCUGCUGGAGGGCAUGCGGAAGUGGAUGGCCCAGCGGGUCAAGAGCGACCGGGAGUACGCUGGGCUUCUGCACCACAUGUCCCUGCAGGACGGCGGGGCGCAGAGCCGUGGCCUUGGCCCCGAGAGUCCCAUCAGCCAGUCCUGGGCCGAGAUCACCAGCCAGACGGAAGGCCUGAGCCGGCUCCUGAGGCAGCACGCGGAGGACCUGAACGCGGGGCCCCUGAGCAGACUGAGCUUGCUGAUCCGGGAGCGGCAGCAGCUACGCAAGAGCUACAGUGAGCAGUGGCAGCAGCUGCAGCAGGACCUCACCAAGACCCACAAUCAGGACAUCGAGAAGCUCAAGAGCCAGUACCGGUCACUGGCACGGGACAGUGCCCAGGCCCGGCGCAAGUACCAGGAGGCCAGCAAAGACAAGGACCGCGACAGGGCCAAGGACAAGUACGUGCGCAGCCUCUGGAAGCUCCUGGCGCACCACAACCGCUACGUGCUGAGCGUGCGGGCCGCACAGCGGCACCACCACCACCACCACCAGCUCCUGCUCCCUGGCCUGCUCCAGUCGCUGCAGGACCUGCACCAGGAGAUGGCCCGCAUCCUGAAGGACAUCCUGCAGGAGUAUCUGGAGAUCAGCAGCCUGGUGCAGGACGAGAUGGUGGCUGUCCACCAGGAGAUGGCCGCUGCUGCCGCCCGCAUCCAGCCUGAGGCCGAGUACCAAGGCUUCCUGCGCCAGUAUGGGUCCGCCCCUGAUGUCCCGCCCUGUGUCACCUUUGACGAGUCGCUGCUGGACGAGGGGGAGCCCCUGGAGCCUGGGGAGCUGCAGCUGAACGAGCUGACAGUGGAGAGCGUACAGCACAUGCUGACCUCAGUGACGGAGGAGCUGGCCGCGGCUGCCGAGACAGUGUUCACCAGGCAGGCGACGGUGGCACAGCUGCAGCAGGAGCUCUGGGAUGAAGAGCAGAGCACGCCCCCGCGGGAGCGGGUGCAGCUUCUGGGCAAGAGGCAGGCGCUGCAGGAGGCGCUGCAGGCACUGCAGGUGGCGCUGUGUGGCCAGGCCAAGCUGCAGGCCCAGCAGGAGCUGCUGCAGGCCAAGGUCGAGCAGCUGGGCCCUGGCGAGCCCCCGCCCGUGCCCCUGCUGCAGGAGGACCGCCACUCAACCUCGUCCUCGGAGCCUGAGCGGGAAGGGGGAAGGACGCCCACCCUGGAGCUCCUGAAGAGCCACAUUUCUGGAAUCUUCCGCCCCAAGUUCUCGCUCCCCCCGCCCUUGCAGCUGGUCCCCGAGGUCCAGAAGCCCCUGUAUGAGCAGCUGUGGUACCACGGCGCCAUCCCCCGGGCCGAGGUGGCCGAGCUGCUGACGCACUCGGGGGACUUCCUGGUGCGGGAGAGCCAGGGCAAGCAGGAGGCUGUGCUGUCCGUGCUGUGGGACGGACAGCUGCGCCACUUCAUCAUCCAGUCGGCCGACAACCUGUACCGACUGGAAGGGGAUGGUUUCCCCAGCAUCCCACUGCUGGUCGACCACCUGCUGCGCUCCCAGCAGCCCCUCACCAAGAAGAGCGGCGUCCUCCUGCACAGGGCUGUGCCCAAGGACAAGUGGGUGCUGAACCACGAGGACCUGGUGUUGGGGGAGCAGAUUGGGCGGGGGAACUUCGGAGAGGUGUUCAGUGGGCGUCUCCGGGCUGACAACACCCCUGUGGCUGUCAAGUCCUGCCGAGAGACUCUCCCUGCCGAGCUGAAGGCCAAGUUCCUACAGGAAGCCAGGAUCCUGAAGCAGUACAGUCACCCCAACAUCGUGCGUCUCAUUGGCGUCUGCACCCAGAAACAGCCUAUCUACAUCGUCAUGGAGUUAGUACAGGGGGGCGACUUCCUGACCUUCCUGCGCACGGAGGGAGCGCGCCUGCGCAUGAAGACGCUGCUGCAGCUGGUGGGGGAUGCGGCGGCGGGCAUGGAGUACCUGGAGAGCAAGUGCUGCAUCCACAGGGACCUGGCUGCCCGCAACUGCCUGGUGACCGAGAAGAACGUGCUGAAGAUCAGUGACUUUGGCAUGUCCCGGGAGGAGGCCGAUGGCGUCUAUGCAGCUUCCGGGGGGCUCAGACAGGUGCCCGUGAAGUGGACGGCACCCGAGGCCCUAAACUACGGCCGCUACUCCUCAGAGAGUGAUGUGUGGAGCUUUGGGAUCCUGCUCUGGGAGACCUUCAGCCUCGGGGCCUCCCCGUACCCCAGCCUCAGCAACCAGCAGACUCGGGAGUUCGUAGAGAAGGGAGGCCGGCUGCCCUGCCCCGAGCUGUGCCCGGACGCCGUGUUCCGGCUCAUGGAACAGUGCUGGGCCUACGAGCCCCGGCAGCGACCCAGCUUUAGUGCCAUCUCCCAGGAGCUGCAGAGCAUCCGGAAGCGGCAUCGCUGAGCAGGACUCCGGCCACGGGGGUGCAGGGGUGCAGCUUGGGUCAGCUCCUGUCCUGGGGGCACGGGGGGCUCGCACGUGGA